AUGAGGGAGGUCAACUUCAGCAUCCCUAAUGUGAACAAGGCAUCUGUCAACAUCACAACCACCUUGUACGACAGACGAGCCUUGGACUGUACAUCAACAUUACCUUUGAUCAAUUCGCUCAACCACCUUGCAUACUUGACGACAUCCUCGGGCCGAAUUCGAGAUAUUCUCACCGUCGACGGUGGUAUCGAGCGCUUAGUAUGCAUACUCAAGGAGGGCCGCAGUGGGGAUCUGAUGGAGAUGUGGAAAUGGAGUCUUGCUUUUCAGUGCGCCGUAAAUAUCGGUGUGCGAGGAUCUGAAGCUGUGCGAACGCGUGUUGUUGAAGCCGACGUUGUCCCUGUUAUCGCUACUAUUCUCGACAAUUAUAUUCGAGUCGUCGACAAAGUACGCGCUCGUGCUGAUGCCGAUCGGUCUUCAUCAAGAAUAGUUGGAUCGUCAUCAAACUCUCAAGCCGCUCGAGAACAGGCAGGCCUGUCUUCAUCCUCUGCAACCGUCUUUGAACGCUCAGCUGCCGUCGAACAACGGCCUUCUCGUCGACAGGCACCUCCACCUUCUAUCCAGAUUCCCCAACCUUUCAGCCAAGACAAUACCAAUCCUCACCAUCACCACCAUCACAGACAUCAUCACCAUCAUCACAAUAAUAGUAAUAAUAAUGAAGCCCAAGCCUCCAACACCGAGUUCACAACACUCCACCAGCCGGCGUUAACAUCUCCGCCUGAGCGAACAACCUUUGGCCGUGACGUCCUCAAUCCUCGAUCUCACGAUCUUCGAUAUCAAAACAAUACACAAGAUAUCCGACAGAUGCAGCCCCUAGCUACCGCUGUUCCUACUAUGGAUACUGUCGAUGGAGUUCAUCAUCGACCCGUCCAGCACACCCUUCGUCUUCCCAGCAUGCAUUUAACCAGCCCUCGCACUGCUGGACUCGUCUCUCAACCAGAGUCGCCCACUACGCCUAGUGGUCCUGUGCAAGCCCAUAGCGUACCCCAGCCUGCUGUUCAAAUUGUGCGACCGACACUGCGCCAUCUCCAGUCUGGCUCCGGUGAUUCUGAUGAUGCUAAUGGAGAGGACUCUCCCAUGGCCGAUGAAGGGCCAGCCGGUGAUGUGUCGGAGCCUAUUGUCGGUGUCCAAAACUCGAUGGAAAUUGACAAUGUUGAUGGUGACGAAUCAAUGCUAGAGAAUACCGAAUCUCGUGGCCUCACCAUGGCAGAUCCAUCGCGGAACCAAGACGCCGAAACAUUCAACAUCACUCAUCGGUCUGCUGUGGAUGGCAGUCUCGUCAAUACUACAAACCCACAAACUGCCGGCGCGCUAGGCUUCUCCCCGACAGCUGGACCAGCGAACGCAAAUUCUCCCGUCCUGAACGUAUUGAAUCACAGUCCUUAUUCUACCUUCCUUCGCAAUCACAACUCUCCACUGGGUGUUUUGAAGGGCAUGCCCCGAGACGAAGACGUGCUUAUGGCCUUGCAACUACUUGCUUACGUUUCAAAAUACUGCAAUCUCCGAAGCUACUUUCAAAACACUCAUUUAGUCCCCAAGCUCAAGAUUGGUCGGGAAUUGGAUCUGUUGGAUGAACCGAACAACAAGACCUUCUUGGCUGGUGAGCGAGCAGACGAUGAGAUGAUGUCCGACGAGAAGGACGAAGGCAAAGCCGAUGAUGAUGACGAGGAGGAGGAAGAGUACCUACUUCCUGACAAUCUCAACAUCUUCCCGCUAGUAGAGAAGUUUACUGUGCGACAUCAUUCCAAGGAUAUGCAAUAUUGGGCAUGUGUUGUCAUGAGAAACUUAUGUCGCAAGGAUGAAUCCCGCGGAGGCAUUCGCCAAUGCGCCCAUUUCGAGUGUGGAAAAUGGGAAGAUUACCAACGUCAAUUUGCAAAAUGCCGACGUUGUCGACGGACCAAAUACUGCAGCAAAGAAUGCCAAAAGGCUGCGUGGAUUUGGCAUCGACACUGGUGCCACACCUCACCAUGA